AAAGAGCACGCAGAACGGGUGUGUCAGCAGCGGCUCCGGCAGAGGGAGGAAUCAAGUGGGAUACUCGUAGGAUUGUGUGAUAUCAUUCGGCUUUCGGAAAUACUUUUUAUUUUCCUCUCAGAAGUUGGAAUGGCUGCUAACCAGGAUAUGAAACGAGUUGUACGGCAGAGUAAAUUCCGUCACGUCUUUGGCCAGGCGGUAAAAAAUGACCAGUGCUACGAUGAUAUCCGGGUGUCAAGGGUCACAUGGGACAGCUCCUUCUGUGCAGUCAACCCCAAGUUUGUUGCCAUAAUUAUUGAGGCCAGUGGCGGAGGAGCUUUCCUCGUUCUUCCUCUUCUCAAGACAGGACGCAUUGACAAAUCCUACCCCACAGUGUGUGGUCACACAGGCCCGGUGUUGGACAUCGAUUGGUGCCCCCACAAUGAUCAAGUCAUCGCCAGCGGCUCCGAGGACUGCACAGUAAUGGUUUGGCAGAUUCCUGAGAAUGGCCUUGUGACUUCAAUGGCUGAGCCAGUGGUGGUACUGGAGGGCCACUCCAAGCGCGUUGGCAUUAUCACAUGGCACCCGACCGCACGCAACGUCCUUCUUAGUGCAGGCUGUGACAACCAGAUCAUCAUCUGGAACGUGGGCACAGGAGAGGCUAUGAUCACCCUGGAUGAGAUGCACCCUGAUGUCAUUUACAACGUAACCUGGAACCGCAACGGCAGCCUCAUCUGCACCGCCUGCAAGGACAAGGCCAUCCGUGUCAUCGACCCCCGCAAGGAGGAGAUUGUUGCUGAGAAGGAGAAGGCACAUGAGGGCGCCCGACCCAUGAGAGCCAUUUUCCUGUCUAAUGGCAAUGUCCUCACAACAGGCUUCAGUCGCAUGAGUGAGAGGCAGCUCGCCCUCUGGAACCCGGAUAAUAUGGAGGAGGCCAUGACUGUAAAUGAGAUGGACACCAGCAACGGAGUGCUGUUGCCCUUCUAUGACCCAGACACCAACGUCGUUUACCUCUGUGGGAAGGGGGACAGCAGCAUCCGUUACUUUGAAAUCACAGACGAGGCUCCAUAUGUUCACUUCCUCAGCACCUUUGCCACCAAGGAGCCCCAGAGGGGCAUGGGUUACAUGCCCAAGAGGGGUCUUGAUGUCAAUAAGUGUGAAAUUGCGAGGUUCUAUAAACUACAUGAAAGGAAGUGUGAGCCUAUCGUGAUGACUGUACCGAGGAAGUCUGACUUGUUCCAAGACGACUUGUACCCAGACACAUCUGGACCCGACCAUGCCCUAGAGGCUGAGGAGUGGUUUGAGGGUAAGAAUGGAGACCCGAUCCUCAUCUCCCUCAAGAACGGCUAUGUCCCGGGCAAGAAUCGCGAAUUCAAGGUGGUCAAGAAGAACAUUUUGGACACAAAGAACUCUGAGAACUCGAGCCCUGCCAACAAGUCUGGCUCCCAGACUCAAUCGAUGAAAUCUGGGGCCAAGCUGGAGGAGAUCUUGAAAGAAGUCAAAUCUCUCAAGGACCUGGUGAGCACUCAGGACAAGCGAAUCGCCAAACUUGAAGAGCAAAUGUCCAAAAUUUCCAUUUAGGGACCCUUUACCCAACCCGCUACAAUUCAGGAUGUCCCAUUGGCUGAGGGGUGGGCGGGAUCAGUCACUGCCUAUCUCAAUGACAGUGUUUCGUCUGAGGCCCUAGCCACAUUCCAGUUGAACUUUUUCUUAGCCAGCCCCCGACUCUCAGUUUAACGCAGGUGGAAUAAGGACGCGUGGUGACAUUAGUACAAAAUACUCUUUGCUUUUCGGUGACAAAGGACUCUCUUCCUUUUUAUUGUGUGGCAGUCUUUUUUUUUAUUUUUUAUUUUGUCUACUUGUGUAAAAAAAGGUCUUACCUAUUCCUUUGCAUUUUAGAAAUAUGACCAAGAAUAUUCCAAUAGUCAGCAUUUGCCAUUGAAUAAACAAAUAUUUUUUAGGUCUCAGCCUUUCAUCUUACUGUAUCCCAAAAUUAUGAUGUUGCCAAAUUUGACUUUUUGUUUACACCUCCUUAUCAGUAUUUCUUUCACUGUCUUUGUGGGACGAGUCAAAAUGCAAACAGGGACACCCAGUGAAGUGCGCUGGUUAUGUGAGGACAUCAUCAAUGAUCAACUAUGACAUUGAAAUAAUUUGAAUAAAAUUAGUGGUUCUACUAGGAAGAUCUCAAACUCUGCAAUAAGGCGUAAACAGGAGCCAUUUAGCUGCCACAGUCUCCAGCCCCUCAUUACACAAACAACCACUCAGCUGUCUGUGUUAAAGCUGCACACAUUCUCUGCUUUUUUUCCCCAUUUCUUUUCAUUCCUCUUGCUUCCCGUCGUUCUGACUGAGGACAGUAGUCCAAGUAAUCGAGCAUUCCUGACAAACGCAUUCCACAAAUCUCAUUGGCAGUUUUUGGUGUUGGGGGGAGAAGAUCCCUCUGUAGAGUUCUCCUUGGUGUCAACAUUCUACUGCAGUGACGCAGUGAUCAUUGUGACAUCUAUGUCCUGUCCGUGAAAGGUCUUCGCUCUGCUUUGUUUCUGUGAGAGGUUCGGCCACCAACCUCAGUGUUUAGUCAAGUGUUGUGGGAUUCUUUCUUCUUUCGCAUUUUACGCCAUCUCAGAUCUGUAUCUUCUGUAUAAACCAAAACCGGAAUUUACAUUAAUCUACACAUCAAUCACAGAACUUGACUAUUUAAAACAUUUCUGGUGAUAAAACUGGAGAUUGCUGCAGAAACUAUUCAUGGUGGACCUCAAGGGCCUAGAUUGCGUGUGAGUAUGUGCCUCAUGUCUUUUGGGUACCCGUCACCGUGGAUGUUCCUGCUUUUGUUUCUCGUUAGGGGAGGGUUAUGAAAUGGACUUAUGGUAGAAUGUCCGAGACUGGCCUCUGACCUGGAUUCAUUGAAUAGUUGGGUGUUUCUUGCCUGUUUCUUGUUGCGGCUGUGCUUAUUUCCCCUCUUAGCACUUCCACUUUUUAAAAUAGUUUAUUUCUCAGAAUCCUGUUCCAUAUAGUUAUCACAAAUCCGGUAUUGUACUAUUGAAAUAUCUGGUCUGAGCUGUUUUGACCAGACAUCUGCGAUUAAAGCUCCUCUUAAUGUUCAUUCAGUCUGUUAUUUGCCUUUAAUAUUUGUUACCACUGUAAAGACCUGAAAGUGCCAUAGAGGUGACCAUGGAAGUGUUUGUAGGGGACUGGUGUGAGAGUAGGUUUGUGUAGUAAAUGGAAGAGUUGAAAGGUUCCCAGAUUCAAAACCACUUUGAGGUGCUAUACUUUGUAAUAAAAACACUAUGUUCAAAUGACCCUGCUCCUUCAGUACUGUGUCAGCUGUUUGUGGAUGAUAUCAUAAAGUCCUGCCAGUCUAUCCCACAGUACACGAGGCGACAUUACUAGUCGAGGUGUGUUGGUAAGCAAUGUGCCCCGGACAUUUUGACACUUUCCACCUCGGUUACGGGUAUUCAAAACAUCUUAACAAAAAUGAUGUCAAACCGAGACGGUCAUCGUGGCUUUGAGAAGCUAUUGUGAGCAGUGAGUCCAAGAACAUUAGCAUCAGGAAAUUACAAGGGGCUUAUAGAAAUGUGUCUGAAAUAAAGGAUACUAUCUGCAGCUCAAUGGGUUAUUUAUAGCACGGUCAGCAUGAGAGCAAAGUUUUGAGGAGUAGCGAAUAGCGAUCCAAAGGGACACUGUAGGUUGGAGAAAUGUGCAGUUGAAAGAUAGAUGUACGUUUGUUAUCCAGGGUUAGGAAAGAGUGAAAGCUGUGUAAAUAACAUGACCAUCUUUUUUUUCUUUUUUUUUUUGUGGCUGUGCUGAAGAGAGUAUUUCUGUGGGAGUUGUCUUUUUAAAUGUUUCUCUCUGUCUGUGUUCCCUGCACCUUGGCAUAAAGCAGAGCCUCUGUUAAUGUCAGAGCUCGUACAAAUAUCAAGAAAGAAAAUCAGACCAAAAUGAACCAGGAUGAAGCCUCAUGUUGGAGGUCUGCUCAGCAUUUUGUUCAUUAUUCUUGCUUCAAGCAUCAAACAUUGAUUAUAAGAAAAAAAUAAAGACUUUUUAAAAUGG